AUCAUCAGUAAUCACCGUACGUGAUGGACCUUGCCGUUUUCAUGCAUCCCCCCAGAGCCCAAAUCAUGGAGCACUCAACCAGCUCCAACAAAGUGAUUUUCCAUCUCCUCUUCUUCCUCCUCCCGAUCCUUGGAUGCGCACGUUAUGCUCAGGCGAGCUCCGGCCACCCCAAGAUCGAGGCCAUCUUCAGCUUCGGCGACUCGUACACCGACACCGGCAACUUCGUCAGGCUUGCGGCGGCGGCGCUGACUGUCAUCCCUUACAACAGCCUCCCCUACGGCGAGACCUUCUUCGGCCACCCCACCGGCCGAGCCUCCAAUGGCCGCCUCGUCGUCGAUUUCAUCGCCGAGAAGUUUGGUGUCCCUUUCGUGCCCCCGUAUCUUGGCCAGGUGAAGAACUUCACCUAUGGCGCUAACUUCGCCGUCAUCGGCGCCACGGCCCUUGAUCUUGCCUUCUUCCAGAAGAACAAUAUCACCGGCGUCCCUCCGUUCAACAGCUCAUUGACUGUGCAGCUCGAUUGGUUCCACAAGCUCAAGCCUACAUUGUGCUCGACAGCCCAAGGAUGCAAAGAGUACUUCGAGAAAUCGCUCUUCUUCAUGGGAGCGUUCGGUGGAAACGAUUACGUCUUCCUCUUGGCCGCCGGCAAAACCGUUGACGAAGUCAUGUCUUACGUGCCAAAGGUUGUCGAAGCCAUCUCUGCCGGCGUUGAGGCAGUGAUUGAGGAUGGAGCCAGAUACGUGGUGGUGCCCGGUCAGGUGCCGAUAGGCUGCCUCCCUAUCGCCCUCACGAUGUACGCGAGCCCCAACAAGACGGACGACUACGACGGCGGCACCGGCUGCCUGAGGCGGCUCAACGAGCUCGCCGGCCACCACAACGCGGCGCUGGCCGCGGCGGUGUCGCUGCUCCGGAGCAAGUACCCGGCGGCCGCCAUCGUCUUCGCCGACUACUACCGGCCGGUGACCAGGUUCCUGCAGAAGCCCGGCAAAUUCGGGUUCAGCGGCUCGUCGAGGCUACGAGCGUGCUGCGGCGGCGGCGGCGGGGGGCAGUACAACUACAACGCGACGGCGGCGUGCGGCCUCCCCGGCGCGAGCGCGUGCCGGGACCCCGCCGCGUCCAUCAGCUGGGACGGCAUCCACCUCACGGAGGCCGCCUACGCGCGCAUCGCCGCUGGUUGGCUGCACGGCCCCUACGCGCAUCCGCGCAUCUUGGCGGCCGAGAGGCCAUAGCGCCGUUGACAUGCUGUCCCACGACUCCACGAGCACCUGUCCAGAUCUUUUAUAUUGUACUACUCCCUGACAUAUCAAUCUCAUAUACUACUACAAAAGACUCUAUUUGUAUUUUUUUUAUGAUGAAUAACCCAGCUUUGAUUUCAAAAGAAGCU